AUGAUAUCAAACCAGUCCAACAAGGCUAAGAGAGAUGCUAUCUUUGAGAGAAACGCUGCUUACACCCAAGAGUACUACGAUGCUGAGCGUGCUUUGAUCCAAGCUAAGCGUGACGCCAAGGCUGCUGGUUCUUACUACGUCGAAGCCCAACCAAAGUUGGUCUUUGUCGUCAGAAUCAAGGGUAUCAACAAGAUUGCUCCAAAGCCAAGAAAGGUUCUCCAAUUGUUGAGAUUGCUGCAGAUCAACGCCGGUGUCUUCGUCAAGGUGACCAAGGCCACCACCGAGCUGUUGAAGCUGGUUGAGCCAUACGUUGCCUACGGUUACCCAUCUGUGGCCACUAUCAGAAAGUUGAUCUACAAGAGAGGUUACGGUAAGGUUAACAAGCAGAGAAUUGCUCUGUCUGACAACUCCAUCAUCGAGGCCGCCCUCGGCAAGUACGGUAUUGCCUCCGUCGAGGAUUUGAUCCACGAGAUCUACACUGUUGGUCCAAACUUCAAGCAGGCCAACAACUUCUUGUGGCCAUUCAAGCUGUCGAACCCAUCUGGUGGCUGGGGUGUUCCAAGAAAGUUCCAGCACUUUAUCCAAGGUGGUUCUACUGGUAACAGAGAGGAGUUCAUCAACCAAUUGGUCAAGUCUAUGAACUAA